UCACUCUGCAAUCUAAGACAAUCUUUAUGAUGCGGUUGGUUUAAAGAAUACUCUCAUGAAGAUAAUCUUGUAUCCUACCAAAAUAAAAGAUGCCGUGCCAGUAAUGAAUCCUCUUUGAGAGAUUCGGAAGGAAAUUGAUUUUUCUUGCAAAGAAGCCAUGAAUCUUAGUUUGGAGUCUCCAGAGAGUUCUGAGGAGUUCCUUACUCCUUGGGCUCAAGGGAUAUUUCUCUCCAAUGACACAGACCCUUAUUCAUUAGAAAACACUUCCCUGGGAACAGAGAUUCCGCCACUUCAAUUUCGGCCAUAUUAUGGGGACCAACUAGAAAUCUAUAGAAAAUUUUAUUCUUCCAUACACGGCUACAUAAGUUUAACUGUCUGCUUGUUCGGUAUAACGGCGAAUGUAAUGAACAUAAUUGUCCUGACAAGGAAGAACAUGAUCUCGCCAACCAAUGCUAUUCUUACCGGACUGGCGGUAGCUGAUAUGAUGGUGAUGUUCUCCUACGUCCCUUUCAGCUUCCACAAUUAUUUGAGAAUGAGUUUGGAAGAAAAGGAUAAAUUUUCUUUUACUUGGGCUGUAUUCACUCUCUUUCACGCACAUUUUACUGUGGUAAAUCACACUAUAUCCAUAUGGUUGACAGUUACUGUAGCUAUAUGGAGAUUCAUGGCAGUAUGUUAUCCAGCGCCUACUAUGAGAUGGAGAGGUCUUGUGAGGGCACGUGUGGCGAUUGCAUCUACCUAUACUGUGUGUACAGUCUUCUGCAUUCCCGUAUACUUGACUUUUACUGUGGCAUCUUAUUCGGACAAAAUUGGCAAUACUCUUUAUAGAGUAGAUUUUAGUGAGAUAGCAAGGCGCCAUAAUGGACUUCUAGCUAAAAUCAAUUUCUGGAUGUUUAGUGUGAUUACAAAGCUAGUGCCAUGCGUCGCUCUUACAGGAUUGAGUCUUGGACUCAUCAGAGUUCUUUAUGAAGCAAACGACAGGAGGCAGAGGCUGAAGCUAAGGUCUGAAUGUGACAAAAGUCAUGACAGGACCACAAAAAUGCUCUUAGCUGUGCUUUUGCUAUUUCUUCUCACAGAAUUCCCAUCUGGGAUGCUUGCCCUUUUAAGUGGUGCUUUGGGUGACGAAUUUUUCAAUAAUGUAUACUUGAAUUUUGGAGAGACAAUGGACAUUUUAGCUCUAGUGAAUAGUGCCGUCAACUUUAUCAUUUAUUGUUCAAUGAGUCGCCAAUUUAGAGACACUUUUGCAUUCUUAUUUCUAACACGGUGGAGUAAAGGUAAAUGGGCUGCCAUACCGCCUGCCGAGCCAACGCAAACUUUGGGAACAGCCUGCGUGUGAGUUCUGCCUAAACAUAUGUCAUAAUCUUAUUGAAUACCAUCAGUGGUUCAAUGGAUUUUCACUUGUAUAUUCAAGUCCUUAUAAAUGGAUACAAGUAAUCCCAACAUUGUAAGUAACUACUAAUGCGGAAUGACAUACAGCCAGUUUAUUGCAUCUAAGAUCUACUGUUUUCGCAUGUAUACUGUAUGAAAGAAAGAUUCUGGUAUAUUAUAUUUCUUCCAAACGAGAAGAAUUUGCAUCGCCAGAAACUUGUUUACUUCGAUCUUUUUUUUCUUAAAUUAUAUUCCAUGCACACCUUACAUUUUCUGUGCUAAAUUUAGAGGUGAAUUUCUGCAAAUAGAACUGAUACAUCGUUUGCAAACUUUAGGGUAUUAUACCUCUGAAAUUAUUUCGGAGCAAAUCUUCGAUGGAUUACGAAAUGUCUGCAUUUUUCUAGUAUCAGAACUAUGAACAUAACAGCAUUUGAAAUGACACUUAUGCUUCAGAAAUGCACGCAGGGUAUAUUUUAGAAAAGAGAAUGCUUAUUUUGUGUGACAAAACUACAGAAAAAGAAUGAACUUUCAAAUAAAAUUUAAUAUAAAUGUUAUUCUCCCGCAAUGUACAUAUUCCUUCUGUUUAUAUGCUUGAUAGCACUAGUCAACAAAGUGUAUCUUUUCUUUGUAGGUAAUUCUGAAUAUAAAAGAAUUUCGCUUUGUUAAUCUGAAAAUUAAAAUAUAAUUGAUCCAUUA